UUCACAAUCACAAAACCAGGUUGAUACUGCGUCUUUGUCAGGGGCCAGAAAAGCCUUUGAAACCCGUCUUACUGCUCGUCUCUCUCGCCUGCCUCCUUGUUUCCCAAGGCCGCCCUGCAGCGUCUCCAAUGGCGUACAAGGUGAAAGGGUUGUUCAAGGUCAUCUCCCGGAUCUUCGUGGUGAAGGAGCACGAGAUGGAGAUCGGUUAUCCGACGGACGUGAAGCACGUCGCGCACAUCGGCUGGGAUAGCGCGGCGGGGAAUGCCUCUCCAAGCUGGAUGAACGACAUCAUGACAUCCCCCAACUUCUCGUCCUUGGGCAACUUUGCUGCGUCCACAGGGACCUCCUGGGUUUCUCAAGGGGCGGUUUCAGAGACCACCGGCCGGCGGGAAUCGGCUACUUGUCCCGACGUUCCAAGGCCGCUCGGGAAGCCGAGGGGGAAGAAGCCGGAGGACGGAUCGCCAACCGCGCCGUCGACGUCCACGGACGAGCUGGCGUCACCGCCGCCAGCGGCCGCUGAGGCCGAGGCUGCCGAUAGCGCUGCUGCAGAUGGCACGCGAUGAUCCAAACUGUGUUCCGGUCUUUUCUUAUUGUCGUGUAGGCAAUGGCAACGAGCCAACGAUUGUAUGUCUCGACUUUGUUUCAACUUUGAGAUUGGAUUGCAGAUGAUC